CAACAUAUGGCUGAACGGUCAGUGACGCUCAGAUGCCUCUAUAGCGUGAAGUCAUGAGUUUGUACACAAAAACAGCAUUGUUGGAGUAAAUCAUUGAUUCUGCAGCAUAUGGACAUUUUUAACAGACAUUCACAGAGUAGUUUAUUUUCAUUAGCCUAUAUGAUCAAAUAUUUAGUUUUUUCAUAUCCUAUAUUGCAUGCCCUGGGUUAUUUGUUCCAAGGCUAUAAGCUUUAGGUACUUUCUCAAGUUCUUGCAAUAUCUCACAGAGUUAUGAUGGAGGCAGAAGGUCUUGCAGCAGGGUCACAUACUUUAACGGAGUGUGUAGACUCUGAGUAGGGAAGUCAUUACAGGUUCAAAAGUGAUAUGACAUUUAGUUAAGUUGGCUUGGGUUGGAUGUGACCUCCAUGGUCACACGUGAACCAGUAUCCUGUGGUUCGAUCACAUCAUGACCCUAUGCCCUGUUAGAGUUUGAGAGCGAGCGGCCAGCUCUCACUGGCUGAUUCUGACCAAUCAGCACAGUGAGUCAGAGAGGAAACAGGAGUAUUAUAUUCCACUCAGUGUCACUGGUGAAUUUCAUAGGCAGGCACGCUGCGCCCUUAAAGGGGCAGGACCCCUGUAGCUUAAUGUAUAUAUCCACAAGACGCCAGUUACUCCUUGAUGUACUGCAGAUGUUUUUACUUUGCUCCUGGAGUUGUCUCAGUGUGUAGAGAAAUAGCUGAGCUCUGCCUGCGUGAGUCCGGCGACUGCUUACGGGAGCAGAUGCAGUACAUGAUGAGGUCACUGCAAGACCUGAAACAACUACGGAAAACCUGCCCUGCAGCCAGACGCCCCCUCAGCACCCAGCUCCCAGCUUUAGUGCGCCACUCUGCAGUGGCACGUGCCUGUCAGCAGCGAGCAUUGCAGCGAGAGCAGCGCACGCGCCUGCGGAUGUCUGACGCCAGCACGGCCAGUACAUACGACUCUGCCUGCUGCUUGUCUAGUCCUCUGGAGGAAGAAGAGGACGACUUGAGCAGCCGGCUGGGCUUGAGCCUCAGGCUGGGCCUGGGCUCUCCCAGCAGUCAGAAAAGUUUGGAGUUUGAUUCAGGCUACUCUGAGGCAUCCUGGCAGGACGAAGGGGUGGUCCUCAGGAGGACCAGGAAUGUGAGGGUGUCAUCUUCAGCCUGUCUUCGUACAAACAGAGCACCAAAUGGACGCAUUCGACCCAAAUCCACAUCGGACGCCUGUCUGGAGAGGUGGACAUCGUUUGAGGUCAGCAACCCUGAAGACUGGACAAACUCUUUAUUGACCAGAGGACGCAACCGCCAACCUCUGGUUCUGGGCGAUAACAGCUUUGCAGACCUCAUACAGAACUGGAUGGACUUGCCAGAUUGUCCUGAGCCCACUGAGGUGAAGCCGCAUUCAGGAAGGAGACUGGGAAGAGGUUUCUUUGUCAACAUGAGGAGCAAACUGGUCGGGUUUUCUAAAAGUGUAGAGGACAGAGUAAGGAUGAGAUCAACAGACUCUGCUCAUGUUAACAGAACAGCCAACGCUCCAAAACGUCUGUCUUGUCCAGUCGUGGCAUCACAGCCCAAAGUCCCCUUUUUCCACCAGUCUUACUCAGGCAUUAAUGAGACGCAGACAGAUUUUUACCACUUUGCAGCCCUCCUGAAAUCGCGCAGCCGACAGCCCCUGAUCUGCAAAGAUAUCAUUGGAUACGUCUGACAUUCAUGUAAAGCCGUGUUCGGACCGGACAAUCCUCAGUCAAUUUAUUUUGAUAUGACUGUUUUUUCACCUCUUAAAUGCUGUGGCUAAGCUUAUAGAAAUAAAGAUGUUCUCAUAAUUUAAA